AUGGCCGACGUAAAGAGCGAGCUUCCCACUUACAGCGCCGCCGUCGGGGUAUCCUCCGCCCCCGGCGCCGUGAGGGGAUGGAAUCCCGAUCUCCAACUUCCCCGCAGAUCGCGAGUGCUGCGCGUAUUCGGUCUGGCGUGCCUCGCGUUCAUCGUCUACGCGCAAUGGAGGCAAAUAGCACCCAUUGAUGCUGGCUCAAAUUCGGAAGCCAAUGUCCACGGCCUGUCAAUCGAACAACUCCAAGAAGAUCUCGCGACAUGCGGCAAACUGCACCACAAACCGGUGGACCCGAUCGGCUACGGCCGGACAAGGAAUGCCCGCUACGUGGAAGGCAAGAAACCCACUGUCAUCAAGAACGCGACGGUCUGGGUCGGAGAACCGGCCGAGGGGACGACGAACUUCAGCUGGAUCUCGGCGGAUGUGUUCAUUGAACAUGGAAUGAUUAAAGAAGUGUCCAAGAAUAUCGCGAUCGCGAGUUUACCAACAGAUGUCUUGGUUUACGAAGCGAAACGCAGGCCUCUGACGAGCGGAAUCAUCGACAUGCACAGCCAUGCCGCGGUACAUUCCCUGCCAACGCUGCAUGGAAAUGAGGACGUCAGCGAACUAUCAAAGGAUAUAACACCAUAUGUGCGAUCCAUCGACGGCAUUCAACCGACCGAUCAUCAACUCCAAGUCAUCAAGUCCGGCGGCGUCACGACCUCUCUCAUCCUACCCGGGUCUAGCAAUAACAUCGGCGGCGAAGCGUACGUGAUCAAGCAUGUGGUGGGACAGCCCGACGGACGCAACGAAACCGGUGUCAUCGACAUGCUAGCGGACCCGGAUCGCACGUGGCGGUACAUGAAGAUGGCCUGCGGCGAAAACUCCAAGCAGAUCCACGGCAAGGCCGGCGAGCGAGGCCCGUACAGCCGGCUGGGCGAAAGCUGGGAGUUUCGCCAUGCCUUUGAGCAUGCCACCAAGCUGAAGCGCGAGCAGGAUGACUGGUGCAGGGCGGCUGCCCGAGGGCUGGACAAUGUCCAGACGUAUCUGCCUUUCGAACUCGAAUGGGAAUCUCUCGUGGCUCUCCUGAGGGGCCAGGUUCACGUGCAUACGCAUUGCUAUACCAUCAACGAUUUGGAGGCUUUUGUCGACCAUACCAACGAGUUCAAGUUCCCAAUCAGGGCAUUUCACCACGCCCAUCAGACGUAUCUCGUGCCCGAGAUCCUCAAGCGGGCCUGGGGUGGAGAUCCGCCGGCAUCAGCCCUGUUCGCGGAUAACAUGUGGUACAAAGCCGAGGCCGCCAUAGGCUCCGAGUAUGCAGGCAAACAUCUUUACGAUGCCGGCUUGGUCCCCAUCUACGUGAGCGAUAACCCAGUCCUCAACGCGCAGCACGUUGUCCUCGAAGCCGCCAAGGCCUAUAAGUACUGCCUGCCAUAUCACGCAGCGCUUGCAUCGGUCACGAGCGCUCCGGCGGAGCGUUUGGGUCUUGGUAGCAGACUAGGAAAGGUCAAGCCUGGCUUUGAUGCGGACAUCGUUGUCUGGGAUAGCGACCCGUUGAGUGUCGGCGCGACUCCGGUCCAGGUGUGGAUCGACGGCACAGCGCAAUACGAGAACCCAGUCGAGCUGAAGAAGCCGUUUGAAGGAACCAUCGUGCCGGACAAAGACCUUGGCAGGAUUUCGGAGCAGUUGGCGGAGGUAACUGGUGAUGUUGUCUUCACCGGAAUCUCCGAAGUCGUCCUAUCUCUUAAGGCAUCCGGCGUUGCUGCCGACGGCGAAACCUACAACGUCGCCAUAUCUAAUGGCAAAAUUACUUGUGUUGGCCUCUGCAAGGCUGAGCUAGAGAUGGCAUCCCGAACGGAGGGUGCCGUGAUCUCCGUCAAAAAUGGGUACCUCUCCCCAGCAUUCACCGCGUUUGGAUCAACUCUCGGUCUCAACUUCGUCGAGACCGAACGAGCGACUGACAACGGCGACGACGGAGGGCACUUCAGCCGUGGGGUAGACGGACUUGCCCUCGAUAACGAGAAACUCCGCGUCGCCCAUCGCUACGGCGUCACACGGGCCAUCUCGGCGCCGAAGUUCGCCGGCGGUGGGACCCACCACGGCACCAGCGCGGGAUUUCUCACCGGAGCCGAGACCGUGCUCGAUUCCGGUGCUGUUUUCGCACGCGACGCCGCCCUUCAUUACACUCUCGAUCUCUCAGCCAAACGCGGCGUUGACGGUGCAUCUACCACGUCGGCGGCGGUGGGUGAACUGCGCCACAAGCUGCUGAAGGCUGUGGCUUCGGCAGCGUCUGAUGAGCCUAUCAGACUGGAAGAGAGUUACUCGGAGGCAGCGUUUCUGCGCAAGGUCAUUCGGGAAAAGUUUCCACUGGCUAUCACCGUUCAUAGUGCGGACACAAUUGCCGCCUUGAUCGACGUCAAAGCUUCAGUAGAGCGAGCUAUGAAAGAACUAAACGUCGGACAGACUCUUCGGGUGAUCGUUGUCGGAGGCGCUGAGGCUCACAUGGUUGCGAAGGACCUUGCGUCUGCUGGCGUUGGUGUCGUUCUUGCUCCUGCGCAAUCGUUCGCCGUUUCUUGGGAUCAGAGGAGAGCUCUCACAGGAGCACCACUGACUAACGGGACGGCAAUCGAUGCACUAGUGGAUGCUGGGGUCGUCACGGCUAUUGGUCUCGAAGAAGACUGGCUCGUGAGAGAUCUUGGUCUGUUGGCUGGUGUUGCCUAUAAGAACGGCGAAGGAAGACUACCCGAGAAAGACGCGAUUGGUCUGAUUUCACGAAACAUAGUCAGCAUGCUUGGUCUCGAGCCCGCCAGUCCAUAUCAGGACUUUGUGAUCUUUCGAGGUAGCCCCCUCGAGAUAGACUCGAAUGUUAUGGCAGUUGGGGGUCAUAAUGGGAAACUUCACAUAGCCUUAUAG